AUGGAUCAGAUAAAGUAUAUAUUUGAAAAGCCUGCUGUUACUGGUAGAAUUGCUUGGUGGAAAAUGUUGUUAACCAAAUAUGAUAUCCAGUAUGUGACUCAGAAAGCAAUAAAGGGGAGUGUUUUGUAUGACUACCUCGCUCAUUUACUUGUGGAAGGUUAUCAACCGUUGAGGUUUGGCUUUCUAGAUGAAGACAUCAUGUUUAUCAGAGAUUUUACUAUUCCAGGUCACGAGGUAAACCUCGAGGAAGUCCCGGAACCAGGAUCGCGAUGGAUGCUCGUGUUUGAUGGUGCUUCCAAUGCUCAUGGUCAUGGGAUAAGUGCAGUUAUUACUUCUUCAACUGGUUUCCAUCUUCCAUUCACCAUUAGAUUAUGCUUUGACUGCACCAACAAUAUGACAGAAUACGAGGCAUGUAUCUAUGGUAUGGACGCGACCAUCGACUUAAGGAUCAAGAUUCUUGAAGUAUACGAAGAUUCAGCUUUGGUAAUAAGUCAGGUAAAAGGUGAUUGGGAAACUCAGGAUAACAAGUUGAUACCUUAUAAGGAGCAUAUCAGAAAACUCAUACCCUACUUUGAUGAAGUCUCUUUUCAUCAUAUUCCUAGGGAAGAGAAUCAGUUAGCAGAUACUCUAGCUACGUUGGCAUCUAUGUUUAAAGUCAAAUGGAAGAAUGAAGCAUCUACUAUCCAUAUCAACCACUUAGAUGAACCAGCACAUUGUCUAAAAAUUGAGGCAGAUCCUGAUGAUAAACCCUGGUUCUACGACAUAAAGACAUUUCUGGAGAAACAAGAAUAUCCCAAGGGUUUAUCCAUUACUGAUAAGAAGGCCUUGAGGAGACUCUCUUCCAAGUUCUUCUUAAAUGGUGAUGUGUUAUACAAGAGAAAAUAUGAUUUCGUGCUGCUCAGAUGCGUGGAUAGACAUGAAGCUAGCACAAUCAUAAAAUCUAUACAUGAAGGUUGCGAGGGUGCACAUGUGAAAGGUCCCGCUAUGGCCAAGAAGAUCCUUUGGACGGGGUAUUACUGGACGAUAAUUGAGGUUGACUGUUACAACUUUGUUAGAAGAUGCCACAAAUGUCAAAUAUAUGGUGACAAGAUAUUUGUGCCACCAACUCCGUUGAAUGUUCUCACGUCUCCAUGGACCUUCUCUAUGUGGGGUAUUGAUAUGAUUGGGAUGAUAGAACCUAAAACUUCCAAUGGUCAUCGAUUCAUCCUAGUCGCUAUCGAUUACUUCACGAAAUGGGUCGAAGCUGCUUCAUAUGGAAAUGUCACUCGACAGGUGGUUACUCAGUUUAUUAAGAAAGAGAUAACCUACCGCUAUGGAAUUCCUAGCAAUAUCAUCACUGACAAUGCCAAUAAUCUCAACAACAAUAUAAUGAAGGAGUUGUGCAAAAAAUUUAAGAUCGAGCACCACAACUCUUCACAUACCAGCCCAAGAUGA